CAGAAAGCUUGGAUAGAAAAAACCUUUUGCAAAAGAGAAUGUGUCUUUGUAAUUCCCAGCACUAAAGACCCUAGCAGGUGCUGCUGUGGCCAGUUCAUCAACCAGCACAUCCCCCCUCUGCCAAGCAUAACAUCUGGCAAUAAUGAAGAGGAAAAUAAACAGGUGGAGACUCAGCCCGAAAAAUGGUCUGUCAGCAAACACACCCAGAGCUACCCAACAGAUUCCUAUGGAACUCUUGAAUUCCAGGGUGGAGGAUACUCCAAUAAAGCCAUGUAUAUCCGAGUAUCCUAUGACACCAAGCCAGAUUCACUGCUUCAUCUUAUGGUGAAAGACUGGCAGCUGGAACUACCCAAGCUCUUAAUAUCUGUGCAUGGAGGCCUCCAGAACUUUGAGAUGCAACCCAAGCUGAAACAGGUCUUUGGGAAAGGUCUGAUCAAGGCCGCCAUGACCACUGGGGCCUGGAUCUUCACCGGGGGCGUCAGUACCGGUGUUAUCAGCCAUGUAGGGGAUGCCUUAAAAGACCACUCCUCCAAGUCCAGAGGCCGGGUUUGUGCUAUAGGAAUCGCUCCAUGGGGCAUCGUGGAAAAUAAGGAAGACCUGGUUGGAAAGGAUGUAACGAGAGUGUACCAGACCAUGUCCAACCCUCUCAGCAAGCUCUCAUUGCUCAACAACUCGCACACUCACUUCAUCCUGGCUGACAACGGCACCCUGGGCAAAUACGGUGCCGAGGUGAAGCUGCGGAGGCAGCUGGAGAAGCACAUCUCUCUGCAGAAGAUUAACACAAGAUUGGGGCAGGGUGUGCCCCUCGUGGGCCUGGUGGUAGAAGGAGGCCCUAACGUGGUUUCCAUUGUCUUGGAAUAUCUCCGAGAAGACCCUCCAGUCCCCGUGGUCAUUUGUGAUGGCAGUGGACGCGCGUCGGACAUUCUGUCUUUUGCACACAAGUACUGUGAAGACGGAGGGGUAAUAAAUGAAUCCCUCAAGGAUCAGCUUCUAGUUACCAUUCAGAAAACAUUUAAUUACAACAAGACACAAUCGCAUCAGCUGUUUGCAAUUAUAAUGGAGUGCAUGAAAAAGAAAGAACUCGUCACCGUGUUUAGAAUGGGUGCCGAGGGUCAGCAAGACAUCGAGAUGGCAAUUUUAACUGCCCUGUUGAAAGGAACCAAUGCUUCCGCCCCAGACCAGCUGAGCUUGGCACUGGCUUGGAAUCGUGUGGACAUAGCACGAAGUCAGAUCUUUGUGUUUGGGCCCCGCUGGCCGCCCCUGGGAAGCCUGGCCCCUCCUACAGAUAACAAGGUCACGGAGAAGGAAAAGAAGCCACCAACAGCAACCACCAAGGGGGGAAGAGGGAAAGGAAAGGGCAAGAAGAAAGGGAAAGUGAAAGAGGAGGUGGAGGAGGAAACUGACCCCCGGAAGAUCGAGCUGCUCAACUGGGUGAACGCUCUGGAACAAGCCAUGCUGGAUGCUCUGGUCUUAGAUCGAGUGGACUUCGUGAAGCUUCUGAUUGAAAACGGAGUGAACAUGCAGCACUUUCUCACCAUCCCGAGGCUGGAAGAGCUUUACAACACGAGGCUGGGUCCACCGAACACACUUCAUUUGCUGGUGAGGGAUGUAAAAAAGGGCAACCUGCCACCUGAUUACCACAUCAGCCUCAUCGACAUAGGGCUUGUGCUGGAGUAUCUCAUGGGCGGGGCAUACCGCUGCAAUUAUACCCGGAAGAGCUUUCGGACCCUUUACAACAACUUGUUUGGACCUAAGAGGCCUAAAGCUCUUAAACUUCUAGGAAUGGAAGAUGAUGAGCCUCCAGCCAAAGGGAAGAAGAAGAAAAAGAAGAAGAAGGAGGAAGAGAUUGACAUUGACGUGGAUGACCCUGCCGUGAGUCGGUUCCAGUACCCCUUCCACGAGCUGAUGGUGUGGGCCGUGCUGAUGAAGCGUCAGAAAAUGGCGGUCUUCCUCUGGCAGCGAGGCGAGGAGAGCAUGGCCAAGGCCCUUGUGGCCUGUAAGCUGUACAAGUCAAUGGCCCACGAGUCCUCCGAGAGCGAGCUGGUGGACGAUAUCUCCCAGGAUCUGGACAACAACUCAAAAGACUUCGGCCAGCUUGCAGUGGAGUUGUUAGACCAGUCCUAUAAGCAUGAUGAGCAGAUCGCCAUGAAACUGCUGACCUAUGAGCUCAAGAACUGGAGCAACUCCACCUGCCUGAAGCUGGCGGUGGCGGCCAAACACCGGGACUUCAUCGCUCACACCUGUAGCCAGAUGCUGCUGACCGACAUGUGGAUGGGAAGGCUGCGGAUGAGGAAAAACCCCGGCCUCAAAGUUAUAAUGGGGAUUCUUUUUCCCCCUACCAUCUUGUUUUUGGAGUUUCGCACAUAUGAUGACUUCUCAUAUCAGACAUCCAAGGACAACGAAGACGGCAAAGAGAAAGAGGAGGAGAAUGUGGAUGCAAAUGCAGACACUGGUUCAAAAAAGGGUGAUGAGGAAAAUGAGCACAAAAAGCAAAAGAGCAUCCCCAUAGGAACGAAGAUCUGUGAAUUCUAUAAUGCUCCCAUUGUCAAGUUCUGGUUCUAUACGAUAUCAUACUUGGGCUACCUACUGCUAUUCAACUAUGUCAUCCUGGUGCGGAUGGAACGCUGGCCCUGUCUCCAGGAGUGGAUUGUCAUCUCCUACAUUGUGAGCCUGGCAUUAGAGAAAAUACGAGAGAUCCUCAUGUCAGAGCCAGGCAAACUCAGCCAGAAAAUAAAAGUUUGGCUUCAGGAGUACUGGAAUAUCACGGAUCUUGUGGCCAUUUCCACGUUCAUGAUUGGAGCAAUCCUUCGCCUACAGAAGCAGCCAUAUAUGGGCUAUGGACGAGUGAUCUACUGUGUGGAUAUCAUCUUCUGGUACAUCCGUGUCCUGGACAUCUUUGGUGUCAACAAGUAUCUGGGGCCCUAUGUGAUGAUGAUUGGAAAGAUGAUGAUUGACAUGCUGUAUUUUGUGGUCAUCAUGCUGGUUGUGCUGAUGAGUUUUGGAGUAGCCCGUCAAGCCAUUUUGCACCCAGAUGAGGAGCCUUCCUGGAAAUUGGCCCGAAACAUCUUCUACAUGCCCUACUGGAUGAUCUAUGGAGAGGUGUUUGCAGACCAGAUAGACCCUCCUUGUGGUGACAACCAGUAUGAUGAGGAAGGCAAGCGGCUUCCUCCUUGUAUCCCGGGUGCCUGGCUCACACCGGCCAUCAUGGCGUGUUACCUACUGGUGGCCAACAUCCUGCUGGUGAACUUGCUUAUUGCAGUUUUCAACAAUACUUUCUUUGAAGUCAAGUCCAUAUCCAACCAGGUGUGGAAAUUCCAGCGAUAUCAGCUGAUAAUGACAUUUCAUGACCGGCCAGUCCUACCUCCACCAAUGAUCAUUUUAAGCCACAUCUAUAUAAUCAUCAUGCGUCUCAGUGGCCGCUGUAGGAAGAAAAGAGAAGGGGACCAAGACGAACAGGAUCGUGGGCUGAAGCUGUUUCUCAGCGACGAGGAGCUGAAGAGGCUGCACGAGUUCGAGGAGCAGUGUGUCCAGGAGCACUUCCAGGAGAAGGAGGACGAGCAGCAGUCGUCCAGCGACGAGCGCAUCCGCGUCACUUGUGAGAGAGUCGAAAACAUGUCAAUGAGAUUGGAAGAAAUCAAUGAAAGAGAAAAUUUUAUGAAAACUUCCCUACAGACUGUUGACCUUCGACUUUCUCAGCUGGAAGAACUGUCUAGCAGAAUGGUGAAUGCUCUUGAAAAUCUCGCAGGAAUUGACAAGUCCGACCUGAUACAGACCCGGUCCCGAGCUUCUUCCGAAUGUGAUGCAACUUAUCUUCUAAGACAAAGCAGUAUCAACAGCGCCGAUGGCUACAGCAUGUAUAGAUACCAUUUCAAUGGUGAGGAGUUGCUGUAUGAGGAUGCUUCUCUCUCCAUGCCACCAGGGAUAGGAUUCAGGAAGAAAGCCUGUUCCUUCCGAAUGAAGGAAGAGAAGGAGUCAAAAAUGCAUCUGAUACCAGAGCGUCAAGGCAGCCUUCACCUUUUAUCCAGCACAAGCCCGCCAGCAACACCAGACUGUGGUCAACUUGCGUUAGACAACGUCAAGAACUCUUCAGAGCUGAAAUUAGGUCCAGAUACUGGGAUCGCAGCCGAAGAUGAUCGAAGGCAGGCCGACUCUGAAAGGGAAGAAACUGUUCCCCUAAGUGUAAAUCAACCAGAUGUUAUGCAUGGACAGAACAAAUCAGAUUUUCAAAACCCUCAGCUCACAGUGGAAACAACCCAGAUAGAAGGCACAAUUUCCUAUCCCCUGGAAGAAGCAAAGCUGAUGCGUUAUCACCCUGAGGAAAUGUUCAGUACUUAUAAAACAACAAAGUCCAGAAGCUUUGUGUAUUCCCGGGGACGGAAGCCGGUCAGCGGGGUGAACACCUGCAGCACAGAGUACAGUUCGAUCAUGGACCCAGCACGCCCCUUGACACUUCAACAGUGGACGACAGAAUGGAAAUACCAAGUUCGAAAGAUCACACGUUCUCGCAGUACCGACAUCCCUUACCUUGUGUCGGAAGCGGCCAGGCAAGCCGAGCAUACAGAACAAUGUGCAGACACCGAAGAUGAGAACCAUGUGUCUGAAACAGCCCCUCAGAUCGCUCAUUUAUCUCCAGCUGUCCCUGACAGAACCAAAAAGGAAAACUUACUGUCUGUGAAACCAGACCCAACUCUGGGGUUCCCAUCUUUAAGGUCAAAAAGUUUACACGGCCACCCUAGGAAAGCUAAAGCCGGUCCAGACAAACUAGACAGACCUGGACAUGCCAGCAGUGUAAGUAACUUGGCAGUUGUGUCUGGGAUUACAACAGAAGAACAGAAGGCCAGGCAAGAGAAAACUUCCACAGAAACUGCAUGUUGACAUGUUCUGCCUCUUUGAUCUUUAAAUCGAAACCACUGAUGACUACCAUCUUGGUCAUCUAAAUAGCAUCAAUUUCUGAAAACACUUUCAUUAAAACUGUCCGGCAAUUUGGACAUAAGAUUUAAAAUUCAAUGCACUAAACAUAAAGUCAUAUUUCGCUAGCACAUGUUAGUAAACUUAGGUUGUUUUUAGUUGGAGUAGGAUCAGAUGAAAGUGACAAUAUUCUAGUUGAGAUAAAUUGCUUAAUCUGUAAACAAUUCUACAAUCUCUUUGUUAGGCAAUCUCUAAAUUGCUUAAUCAGUAAACGAUUCUACAACCUCUUUAUUUCUCGUUAUUUAUUUCCACCAAGUAGCCUAAGAAAUGCCUUUGGGUGCCGCCAGUAGGUUACCAAAGAAGUAAACAGCUAUGUAAAAAGAGAAAUUAAAGAGAAAGAAAACAUGAAAAAAAAAAAAAAAAAAAAGAAGGCGGAGAAGAAAAACAAAAUUGUGAAGUGCAAGAAAUAAGAAGUGGAAAGAAGCCAUUGGCAUCAUAUUUUUUAUGGAUCUUUGUUUUCUGUUUCAAUGCUUUACGUUUUACAAUGACACGGUGGAAACAAAAAUACACUAUUAUGUCAAAGAUCACACUGUCAUAGUCUAGGGUGACGAGGAGUUGUGUUAAUGUGUAAAAAUAAAGUAUCCAAUGUGCAUUUUCCUGUUGUCAUAGAGUCCCCGAUAGCAAACACAAAUAAAUUGUACCUCUGCCUAUUCAACGGUUUGUGCAAAGCUGUGGCUAAAACCAGAAAGAAACAUCAUGAAGGUCGAAUUGUUGAGAAUCACGGAGACCAUUCACGGCUGAGAAUACAGGGUCUUAGGCUUCAAAUUAUAAGUUCAGAAACAUUUCAGACUACUGAGCCCCUAUCCUCAAGUCAGGGGCCACUCUCUAGAGCCCUUAAUACCACCCCUAGCCCCACGACUCUUGACUAUACAAACAGGGGCAGAGAGGGGCAGAAAGGGAUAUUCUCUGGCUAAUGCAGAGGGCACCAGCACUCACAGAGGUUAAGAGUUGGUUCCUUACCAUCUCACAAUGGCAUCUCUUGGGAGGACUCAAGGAGUCCGGAAGCACACAGAGAAGGCCAACCUCAUGCCUGAAGUUACAUGCCUAUUACUACUUUAGUGAAGUGCCUCAUGGCGGGAAGCAGGUCAGACAGAAAUGGGGAUGAUUACAAAAUAACCACUACACCCAUUCUCAUGUGAGGCUCAGACUGUCACAUUGUCAUAAGCCAGCAAG